GUGGCGGAAACACGCCUGCUAGCGCCCGCUAAUGCUGUAGCUGUUAAGUUAGUUUGUGGGUUGUCUGGCUGGACGUACCUGCUGCAUCCUUAUCUGACUGAGUGUACCUGGCCGGUGGGCUUUAGCAGAGGCGCCUUGUUGCUAUCCUGGUUAUUUAACAGUUUGUAGAGCUCCGUGUCAGGGAAUCUUCUGUUCCAAACCAGUGUAGACCGGAGCUGAAAUGCGAACGUAGCCGUUAGCAAGCGAGCCAGGCCAGGAGAACUGGCUGACUGUAUCCGUCACCCGGACAGGAGCAUACAUGGUUCACUCAAAUCAGUUUGCCGAGUUGGUUGUCGACACCAGAGAGGAUGCGCAAAGACGUGAGGAUAUUAUUAGUGGGAGAGCCCAAAGUGGGGAAGACGUCUCUCAUCAUGUCUCUGGUCAGCGAAGAGUUCCCAGAUGUGGUGCCCUAUCGAGCUGAGGAAAUCACCAUACCCGCAGAUGUCACUCCAGAGAGAGUUCCCACACACAUUGUGGACUAUUCAGAGGCAGAGCAGACAGAUGAGCAGUUGUUUCAGGAGAUCUCCAAGGCAAAUGUGAUCUGCAUUGUCUACUCUGUCAACAAUAAGAAGUCCAUAGAAAAGGUCACCAGCCACUGGAUCCCCCUCAUUACUGAGAACACAGACAAAGACAGCAGGGUUCCUCUGAUCCUGGUGGGGAACAAGUCUGACCUGGUGGAACACAGCAGCAUGGAGACCAUACUGCCCAUAAUGAACCAGUACACUGAGAUUGAGACUUGUGUUGAGUGUUCAGCAAAGAAUCUGAAGAACAUCUCAGAGCUGUUCUACUAUGCCCAAAAGGCAGUUCUGCAUCCCACAGGCCCCCUCUACUGUCCAGAGAAAAAAGAUAUGAAGCCACUUUGUGUUAACGCUCUCACUCGAAUCUUCAGAGUGUCAGACCUAGACAACAAUGGGAUCCUCAGUGAUAAUGAGCUCACCUUCUUUCAGCGGACAUGCUUCAACAUCCCACUAGAGCCCCAGGCAUUAGAGGAUGUAAAAAAUGUGGUGAGGAAGAAUUUGAGUGACGGCGUGUGCGAGGACGGACUCACUCUGAAAGGGUUCCUGUGCCUCCACACUCUGUUCAUUCAGCGAGGUCGCCACGAAACAACCUGGACUGUGCUGAGGAGGUUCGGAUAUGACGACGACCUGGAGUUAAAUCAGGACUACCUCUUCCCGCCGUUGAAAAUUCCUCCAGGCUGCACCACAGAGCUCAAUCACAAUGCCUACCUCUUCCUCCAGAGCGUCUUUGACAAACACGACAAGACAGUUUGCACUAAUGACCAGGGCUGGAUCACCUACCAGGGGUAUCUCUCCCAGUGGACGCUAACAACAUAUCUCGACGUCCAGCGAUGCCUGGAGUAUUUGGGUUACCUUGGUUACUCAAUAGUUGCUGAGCAGGAAUCUCAAGCAUCAGGAAUCACAGUGACCAGAGAUAAGAAGAUUGACCUGCAGAAGAAGCAGACCCAGCGCGGCGUCUUCCGCUGUAAUGUCUUUGGAGACUCUGGCAGCGGCAAGAGUGGCUUCCUCCAGGCCUUCCUGGGUCAGAACCUCAUGUGCCAAAAGAAGAUUAGAGAGGAGCACAGAUCCUAUUAUGCCAUUAGCACUACCUAUGUUUAUGGCCAGGAGAAAUACCUUUUGCUUCAUGAAGUGUUCCCCGAUUUCGACUACUUGUCUGAUGAUGAUAUGGCCUGUGACAUCGUCUGCCUGCUCUAUGAUGUCAGCAACCCUUACUCCUUUGAAUACUGCGCCAAAAUUUUCAAGCAAUACUUCAUGGACAGCAAGAUACCAUGUAUGAUGAUAGCAGCAAAGUCAGACCUGCCAGAAAUCAAACAGAUGUACAGGUGCAGUCCUCUGGAGUUCUGCAGGAUACACAGGAUGCUGCCCCCGCAGCCCUUCACCUGUAACACAGCGACAGCACCCAGCAGAGACAUCUACACCAAGCUUACCACUAUGGCCAUGUACCCCCACGCACGGCUGCGCUGCAUGUGCACCUGUAACCGGUGCACCUUCUGCUUGUGUCAGAACUUCCUCAACUCUGAGCUGCUGCAGACGGUCAGGGCCAAACUCUACGCUGUCGUACUCAGAAGACACAUAAGCCAAGCAGACCUGAAGAGCUCGACCUUCUGGCUCAGAGUGAGCGUCGGGGCCACAGUCUUCGCAGUGCUGGGCUUCGCCAUGUACCGAGUUCUGCUCAAACCACGGUGAUCCGCAUACACACCCUCUCACUUAUACAUGUGCUUUGACCAGUCCCAACACUGGGCUUUCCCAUAUGGAAAGUCUCUCAUGUAUGUAUGAUUUAAUUGAAAAAAAUGUAUUUUGUUAUCUGGUUUGGGGGGAGGGGGGGGUCUGUGUACACCUACCUAAGUUCAUUCUUUUUCACAUUUUCAUCCCACUUGUGUAUUUCUCUUUUUGGGGAUAAAAUGAGAAAAAUAUUAAUUUUUGUACCAAAAUUGCUAAUUUGCUUAAACCGUAUGUCUGCAAGUAUUUGCAAAGUAAAGUAAUAUAUUUAUAUAAGAAUGAGCGGAAGCUGCUGAUGAGCUGUAGUGAGUUCGAUAUGAGUGAGUUACAUAUAUAGCUAUUUUUUGGUUGCUUGCAAAUUGUAAUGAUGAAAACCUGGUGUUUCUCUAACAGGGACUGUGAUAUGCAAUGGAAAUGAUGCUUUUAUUAGACAGAACGUAAUGUAAAUAAUACAGCAAACAAUAUAUUUGUGUCUUAUUUCCAAAAGACUCAUGAUUGAUUCACCCUCAAAAGACUGAAUGCAAAAGUAUUACUUUAAUAGCUAGGUCAUGAACACACACAGACAUUAGCAUUGAUUGCUAACACUGACAGAACAUGGCUUUUUCUUUCAUGGCCGAGCACUCAGAUUCAUUUUUUUUUUAAUGUUUGUACAUCUGAGCAGGUCUGUGUUGGAGCAGUGGAUGUGAAUGUGCAGAAGAAUGUCUUCUCAUGUCAGGUAUUAUAUUGAAAAUUACACCCUACAGCUAUGUGUACAUUUGGUUUGCAUGCGUCACAAUCUCAUUCCAGUGUUUUAAGACUCGCUGUACAAUAAAGUACUGCAUCAGCUUCGCCGCAUCGCUUGACUGCUCCCAGUAAUCCCGGGUUGUAGUAAGUUCACUGACAGGAGUGGUGAACAGAUGGUAGCUGAAUCUUGAGUCAUAGUGAAUUAUGACCCUUGCUGUGAUUCCCUAUCAGCGCUCUCGGUCAAAGAAGAUGCAAUAAUGCCACCCCAGAUGUUUAUUUCCAUCCUGUUACAACUGCUUGGUUCAACUUGAUGUAUUCACUCAGCUCUGCUUUUUCAACAGUUUGCAAUAAAUGAAUAUGUCUGUUACAUCUGGUGUGAUGGUGAUUUUACCAUUACUUGUUUUCCAGUGAGUACAUUAGGAAGUUUGUGUAUUUAUGAACACAAGUUCCUACAGAGGACUCGGAGGCAAUGGAGAGUUGUGCAUUACAUGUAAUGUAACAUGAUAGACUGUAUUUUUGAUUUAAUUAGUAAGUUCAAGGUAUUUGUUAACAUCAGUUAUUAAGCAUUUUUAUGUGAUUUAGAGUGUAUCGACCAAGUAUGUAAUGAUAUGAGCACAGGUUUAUUCAGACACAAGAGGGCAGCAUUUUAUAAAAAAAAA